UUUUUUGCAGUUUUCUUUUCUGUGUAUUGUUAUGUUAGGUUAUUUUUUGAGUUCCUGUACAAUAUAUAUUCCAUUGUACAAAACAUAAAUAAUGUAGUAGCGAUUAUAAGACCUUAUUUAUCAUGUACUAAUUCCAUCAUUACAAAAUAUGAAUACGUCUUUUCAAAAUAAAUCAAAACCCGAGCGUGAAUUUGAAGAUGAAAUUUUCGACGACUCCGCUUUCCUUGCAAAUUUUGAUAAUAAUUCGUUUAAAGAAACUAAAAGUGACUUGAAUAUCAGUGCUCUCUGCUGUGAUGAAGAAAUCAGUGGUUACGAUAAAAUCACUGGGAAAACAUGGAUAUAUCCUACAAAUUAUCCAGUUCGAGACUACCAAUUAAAUAUAAUAAAAGCUUCAAUAUUAAAAAAUACCCUUGUAAGUUUACCCACGGGACUGGGUAAAACAUUUAUAGCAGCAGUGAUUAUGUACAAUUUUUACCGAUGGUAUCCAUUGGGCAAAAUAAUUUUUACUGCUCCUACUCGACCACUAGUCGCUCAGCAAAUUGAAGCAUGCUAUAAUAUUAUAGCAAUUCCACCAAAUGACACAAUUGAAAUGACCGGACACAUGCAUGUUAAUACUAGGAAAAUGAACUGGCAAAGCAAAAGAGUGAUUUUUGCAACUCCACAAGUAAUUUACAAUGAUAUAAAAUCUGGCAUUUGUCCAGGAGACAAGAUCAGAUGUCUUGUUGUAGAUGAAGCUCACAAAGCCAGGGGUAACUAUGCCUAUUGCCAAAUUGUGUCCACACUGACUGAAAUGGGACAUAAAACAUACAGAAUUUUAGCAUUGUCUGCUACUCCUGGAAGCAAAGUUGAAGAUGUCAUCAGUGUUGUAAAAAGUCUACAUAUAGCCCAUUUAGAAUUGAGGACUGAAAACUGUAUAGACGUACAGCCCUACAGUCAUUCCCGGAAGAUCAACACAGUUAUCAUACCACUUGGUCCUGAAUUGGAUCAAUUGAGACAGCAAUAUGUUGAGAUUUUAGAUGGUUAUGCGAGACGUCUGAAACAGUUCAACAUAUUACCACAAAACCUUGGUAAUUUAUCAAAAGGUAGAGUUGUAAUGCUCUAUAAAGAAUUUCAAACUAAAGAGAAAAGUGCAAGACAUCCACAGCACAACUACAUCAUGAAAGACUUCACUUUGCUGAUUGCCCUCUUCCAUGGUUUGGAGUUACUUGUGAAGCAUGGUUCCCGUGUUUUCCUUAAUUUCUUUGAUGAACAUCCUGAAAAAUCGUGGAUACAGUCUGAUGAUAAACUGACAGCAUUGUUAGAAAGAUUAAGAGAUGAUCUUGGAAUUAAUCCAUUGUCUUUGAACACUAGUAUCUUACCAGACGGAACUAUACCAGAAGUGCCAAAAAACAUUUGUUUCGGUCAUCCAAAAUUUUAUAAAUUGAAAGAAAUAAUGUUAGAGCAUUUUAUGAGUGCAAAGAAGAAAGGACAAGAUACAAGAGCUAUUGUGUUCUGCGAGUACCGGGAAAGCGUUAAUUUAGUGCACUGUUUACUGCUUCAGUGUCGGCCACUGAUAAUGGCGCAAAUGUUCGUCGGACAAGGAGCUUCUGGCAAAGACGGUAAAACUGUGGUAUCCCAGAAGCAACAGUUACGUGUUAUGCGCAACUUUCGUGAGGGUUCUUGUAACACUCUGGUUGCGACCUGUGUGGCUGAAGAAGGCCUUGAUAUUGGAUCUGUUGACCUGAUACUCUGCUUUGAUAUAUCAACGCGUUCACCAGUACGGCUAGUACAAAGAUGUGGACGUACAGGUCGGGAGCGUGGUGGACAAGUCUUCAUUCUCGUCACUGAAGGACGAGAGCAUAAUACGCUAUUGGAUUGUAUGCAACAAAGAGACGGUCUGAACAAGAAAAUAUUACAGUCUUCAGAAGUGAGCAAAAAUCUAUACAAGUUGAAUCCACGAAUGAUGCCGCAUGAUUUCAUUCCGCAGUGUCAAAAGAUGUUUAUUACAGUCACAAAGAAAACAGGUUUAAAAGAAAAGGCAAAAGAAACUGAUAAAACAAAAAAGGGUCAAAAAGACUUACGAAUAAUGUUACUGGGUAAGACGUCAAGUUCCAGCAGCUCUUCUAGUAAGGAAUUCGAAUUAGAUAAUCUGAUCAGUGAAGAAGAAUUCAAAGAAAUAUAUCCUAAUGGAUUCGAAUGUAAAACAUCGUUAAUUAACUCAAGGGAAUUCUGGUCAAUGAGUAAAGAAAAAGUUACGGCAAUUAGUAAAGAUAAUUAUAAAGAUGACUUUAAGUUAUCAACGUGGUUGGAAUGGCAAAGAACAUUACAAAAAACUAUUAACAUUGGACAUUCUAAAGAUAGUGAAAUAUUAUCCGAGUUACUUCAGUACAGUGAUGCCAAAAGAUUCGAGUUACCUGCUUCUACUCAAAAUCCAACCUUUGCCACACAAGUCAUUGCCAGUCAAAGGAUGUUGAUGUCUCCAACCAAAGAAAAACCGACAAAAGCGAAAAAAAAUAAAGUUGUUUCAGUAAAAUCACCUUUUAAAGUAACAAAAUCGCCAGGAAAAAGAGAUGGUGACAUUAGGGCACUUUUUAGUACGACUACGAAAUCUACCAAAAACUACACAAAAUUAUUAAAUGAUCUAGGUAUUCAAGGCAGUGGUAAACUACCUACAAGACUAAUAAAUCUAUUGGUUGAUCUAAGUUUGGAGAGUACAAAUAUGACUAAAACUUGCUAUAUUUGCCAAAACGUGUGUGAUUGUAAAUUUUUAUACAAUAUGAGGGUAAAAAGAAAAUCGCCCUCCAUAAACUUUUUGGUUGAUCCUAAAUUUCCAAGUCUCGAAUUAAUUGAAGACAUCAGACCAGAUUCUUUCUUGAACUUUGUCAAGAACGUAGAUGUCCAUAAAAAUUUGGUUAGUGACAAUAGUUUAUCAAGUUGUAUAGAUGAAAUUAUUGAAGAUAAAAUAAUUGAUGAAAAAAGUAAAAUCACCAAUAGUCAUGAAUCUGACUAUGACUUUGAUUCUCUAGAUGAAUUAAACUCUUGUAUACUUAUACAAGAAAAAACACCCGGAAAAAAUCACGCAGUGAAUGAAGAUAGAAAUAGCAACAAUAACUUUGACUUAGGUUUCGACUUUGAUAGUCCUGAUGAAUUUGAUAUACCAACAAUUUCCGUAAGUAAUAAUGAGAAACAAAAUGAAAAUGUUGAAAAGAACUUCGAAAUUGGAGAUAUAGAAGAUAUUUUUGUAGAAAGCAGUCCAGAAGAAACAGAAACUAAAGAAACAGUCAAAGCAGUAAAAGAAGAAAAGCCAAUAAACCAUAACGAAGCGUUAGGAUUUUUCGGAUUAGAUAGCAUUGAUGAUAUAUUUGCUGAUUAUGAUGACAGUAUGGAUAACGAUCAUAAGCACAUCAAGGAACAAAAAGAAAAAGAGGAAAAAUGUGAGCAAAAUGUUAGUCCCUCAAUUUUGUCUGGUAGACCUAAACAUAACACUUCCACCUCGCCGAUAUUAAGUAGCCAAAGUAAAAAAUAUCAAUUAAGCACUAAGAAAAAAGAGGGUAUAGCAACAAACAGUAAAGUAAAAAGACAAUUGAUAACAGAUCCUGUUAGUAAACCUACAGAAUAUAAAACAGAGAGUAGUAUGAAUGUUAGCAAUAAUAAAAGUAUGUUCACAAUAACACAAAUAGUUGAAAUGAUUAACAACCCCGACGGUAAAAAAUCUAGUUCUUUUCAAACAAAUAAAACAAAAAAUUGUAAAAAUGAGAGUAAUCUUUCAAUAGGGGAUGGUGAUCGAAGUAUGUCGCCCAUAUUAUUGACUCAAGCAGAUAAAAAGAAAGCUAGUAUGUUAGAAAAUUCAAGACUUACUCAAACAUGUACAGAAAUGAAAAAAGUCGAUAGUCUUAUAGUUCUAGAUAGCGACAGCGAUUCUUGUGAUGAGACUCGAGUUUACGAUGUAGAUGAAGACAAAAUACAUACUUCUAAUAUUGAUAAAGAUGAUAUAAAUACUUUGAAUCACACCAGUAGUAAAAGAAAAUUCGAAUCAGACGAUAAGGACGUAAUCAAUGCUUCACCAUAUUUUAAUAAAAAACGAAAAUUGGACAAUAGCAAUCCUAAAUCAUUAACCUUGCAACAAAGAGUUUUAGCAGCCUUAAUGUCGAAUAAAGACAGUGAUUGGAAACCCAAUAACAACCAUAUUAUAAACUUAAGUGUUUCUCCAGUAAAGUUGUCACAAAAAGAAAACGAGGACCCUCAAUUCUUGAAGGUCUCCCCAUUCGAUAAUGAUUAUGAGAAGGAUAAUCUUAAAAAAAGCAAUUUAGAAAUCUUGGAAUCGUUUAGGAGAGACAAAGUAUGCAGUCUCAAAAAUAAAUUAAAUGUGGAAACAAAUGGAAUCAAAAAGCUUGCGUCUCAAAAGAGACAGUUAACAUUUGAAGACAGCGAUGAUGACUUUGUGGAUGUCAAUAAUUGUCACAGUCAAAAGAAACAAGUCCAGAAAACCAUUUUACAUAGUCCUCCUACCAAACACAAAGUGCGAAAAAAAAAGAGAAAGCCAGACUUCUUAGAGCUAGAAGCGGAGCUAUCUGGUGAAAGUGACAGUGGUGAUGAAUUAUCCGACACUAGCGCGGGCAGUCUAGCGGACUUUAUAUGCGAUGAUGCAGACAUUACACAACAACCAGACAUGCACGCACACUAUAUACGAUCUGUUAGGAGUCCAGUGAAAGGUGUUUUCAAGAUACCAGAGUUACCCAAAAAGUUUAACAAUAUGGACGUGUUUUCACAGUAUGUGGAGGAAGAUAAUUAUGAAAUGGAUAGUUUUUGUGUCGAUUCCCAUAUUGGAUUAACACAAGUUGACGACGUGUCGGAACUGGAGUUGGCGGAGAUAGUUUUAGAAGGAAAACGGAAGCGAAAGAAGAAAACCGAUGAUAAAUCGAUUAAUACCGGACAUGCAAACGGUGAUAGUCCCAUAGUUAGGAGGAAAAAUAAAAUCCCUAGACGAAUAGAAAGUGAUUCAGAUGAUAGUACAUGAGACUUGAGUCGAUACUUGGUGUAUGUGAAAUUCCAGUUUUGUUCUGUGAUAUGAUACAAAUGUUAUUAUAGAAUGUAAGUUUAUCUUGUAAAUACUAUACCAUUGAUAUUAUUGUACAAACUAAAUGGUUAUUGUUGAUUUUAAACAUGAAAUAAAAAUAAUAAUAAUGAUG